AAGAGAAGCGCGCGUCGCUAAAUGUCGGUAAAAUAAACCCGGCAUAUCGGUGGAAAGAGGAUAUCGCGUGUUGUGCAUACGUCGUUCUCUUUUGUUCAUUUUAAGAGUGAGAAGGAAGGAAGAAAAAAAGGAAAGAAAGAAAAAAAGAAGAAAAGAAGGAAGGAAGGAAGGAAGGAAGGAAGGAAAGAAAGAAAGAAAGGAAAGGAAAGGAAAGGAAGGAAAGGAAAGGAAAGGAAAGGAAAGGAAAGGAAAGGAAAGGAAAGGAAGGAAGGAAGGAAAGAAAGGAAGGAAAGGAAAGGAAAAGAAGAAAGAACAGAAAAAAGAAAAAAGAACGUUUGAUGGACGGUAGAGCGGAAUCUUCGUAGAAAGCCAAGAAAAUAUUCUUCUUGCAUUCUCGUGUCAGUUUAAAUGAACGAGUCGAAUCGAUCGAUUCAACAAGAGAGUACCGCGCCCCGUGAGAGACAUACAUCUGUCCUUCAUCAUCUUUCUCUCUCUCUUUCUCUUUUUUAACCUUCCCCUCUCUCUCUCUCUCUCUCUCUCUCUCUCUCUCUCUCUCUCUCUCUCUCUCUCUCUCUCUCUCUCUCUGUCUCGUUCUCUCUCCUCUUUCACACACAUGCACACACAUAUAUAAAUCCCAUCCAAAGCUACCAGUCAGAUCCUAGCCUUUAAAAAGCUUCGGUCGUGUCGUCGUCUGGCUCACCGGCGUCGAUCGCUCUAUUUUUUUGCUCCUCUUUUCCAUUUUUUUUCUCUUUUUAUUUCUUUCAUUCAACAACGAGGCUAAACGAAAGGGUUUCUAAAAGAAGAGAAAAUCAGCACGUUCGAUCGUGAUAAGUUUCAUUACAAAUUAUCGAAAAAUGUCGACCGCAUUGCUAGCCGUCUUCGCCGUAAUCCUUUGCAUUCUCUUCAGAUUGCUCAACGUAAACAGUGCGCCUCAAAAGCCACUUCUUAUCUGCCAAGAUCCUAACUUUCUGUCUACUCUUUUGAAAAUCGCACCGGUUAUCACCGAACCAUACAAACCUACAAGACUAUGGGGGUUCAGCGGUCAUGUGCAAACAGUGGUCCACAGUAUCAUUGGUCGUGUACGAUGUCCUUGGCCAAUAGGAGAACGCGUAUACAUCGGUCUAUCCGACGAUACAACUCUCACUUAUGAUCUUUAUCAACCAUUGACUAAUGGCCAUGAAGACGAUAUCACGAUAGCUAUCUGUCCGGGCAUCGGAAACACUUCUGAAAGUGUCUACAUCAGGACAUUCGUUCACCUUGUUCAGUGUCACGGUUAUCGAUGCGCCGUACUUAAUCACGUCGGAGCUCUUUCUAGUGUCAAGGUCACAGCGCCAAGGAUAUUUACUUAUGGUCAUACUGAUGAUUAUCACAUGAUGCUACAAAAUUUGAUCGAACAACAUCCAAACACGAGAAUUGUUUGUAUAGGAUUUAGUUUAGGCGGUAAUUUAGUCACCAAAUAUUUAGGAGAACGUGGCCUGAAUAAAUUAUCUAAUAUUAUAGGCGGUAUAUCCAUUUGUCAAGGUUACAAUGCGCUCGAAGGUACAAAGUUCUUAUUAAACUGGCAAAACUUCAGGCGCUUUUAUCUCUAUGUAAUGACAGAAUCCGUUAAAAAUAUAAUACUGAAACACAAACAUGUACUCCUUUCGGAAGAAGUAAAACAAAGAUAUUCGCUUAACGAGCGAGACAUUAUUUCUGCUGCUACGUUACCCGAACUCGAUGAAGCCUAUACGAGAAGGGUACAUCAAUUUAGGUCCGUGCAAGAAAUGUACAAAUGGUCCAGUUCCAUAAACUAUCUUGAUAACAUCUAUACACCAAUGGUGUUUAUUAAUUCUGUAGAUGAUCCUAUUGUACCGGAUUCUUUAUUAAAGCCUAUAAAAGAAUAUGCUGCAACUCAUCCAAACACCUUGUACGUUGAAUUAUCACACGGAGGUCAUUUAGGUUUCUACGAAGGUGGUCUUCUUUAUCCAAAUCCCAUAACAUGGCUGGAUCGUACUUUAGUUUCACUCGUAGGAUCACUCACGUUAGCACACGCGGAUAAGGCUUUGAAAACCUCUUAACGACAUUAUAUUUCUACAUAUAUAUUAAUAAUAAUAAUAAUAAUAAUAAUAAUAAUAAUAGUAAUAAUAAUAAUAAUAAUAAUAAUAGUAAUAAUUCUUCGCGCGUAUACUGUACGACGUCAGUUUGUGCAUUUACGAUCUUAUUAUAAUAACAGUCUUGUUACACGAUUGUAUUUGAUCAUAGAAUGGAUUUGAACCUACUAUAUUGAAUGAUCGCAUCAUUUAAGCGAUAACUGACUGAAAAUAAUCUAUGUAACAUCAUCUUCUACAUCCUUCGUAGUAAAUUAGUAUAAAAAAAGUGUAAGUUAAUAAUAUUAUUUUGUUAACGUAAUGUGAGAGAGAAAGAGAGAGAGAGAGAGAGAGAGAGAGAGAGAGCGAAAGCGAGAGAGCGAGAGAAAGAAAGAGAGAAAAAGAAAAGUAUUAAUAGUUAACGUUAUUAAGGUCCAUGUCGAUCUUAUUUACGUGGCUGACCAUUUCAAUUGUACAAAACUUUAAGACUAUGAGUAUUUAGUAUUGGCAUUUAUAAGAUAAAACAAAAUAGCAUUAUACUCUCAUGCUCACUAAUCAUAUGUUCAUCGAUGACGUUUCAAUUAGAUUAUCAAAAUCAUUCAAAAUCCUAAUAUUUUCCUCAGGGAUUUUUGAGUCUAAUUUUUUUUUCUUUUUUCUUUUUUUUUUUUCUUGUACACGAAUAUACAAUAGAAAUUAAUCAUUCGUCACAAUUAUUAUUUUAUGCAAGUAUUAUAAAUAGAAAAUCGACGUGACACAGAGUAUUUUUUACACGGAUUAUUCAAGUAAUACUUUUAUAUAUAAUAAAAGUUGGGAGAAGAAAAAUUUGGUCCUUACGCGUGUAAAGGUUCGUCAUGGUUAUAACUUACAUUGCCUAUAAACUCCAUGUGCAUCAUUUAUUUUGCUUAUAUACAUUACGUUCGACUGUGGUAGUUCCAUGUCACAUGUCAUCUCUUCCGCAUCAAAAAUUAUCACAAUUUAGGAUUAAAUGGCAUUGUUAAAAUUACUCGAAUUUAGUGAUAUUUUCACAACAUAUCUUUUCGAUCUUUUAUAUGUGUAAUCAUUUAAGACUAAAUAUUUAAAGUUACCUGACCGUUUGUCACUUAGAAGCAUAUCGAAUCAUUCGACGUGCUUGUUUGACAUAAUGAUAACAAAAAAUGCCAAUUACUAUACGUAGAAUACAAAAUCUAUUUCAGCGACUUAAUUCGAAAAAAUAUAUAUUUAGAUUUUCUUUCGUUCUAUCAUUUUUCUCUGUUCAAAGUUGAUCGCACGACGUAUUUAUAAUAAUGUUUUAUAAGUGGUUUACAUCAAAUGUCAUUUAAUUUAAUUGCAUAUGACAAGAAAAUAAUCAGAAUCUGUAUAAUCCUUAUGAUUCUCAAAUAUUGCAUUAGAAUAUAUUUAUUUUCGUUUAGUCAUUAUAAUAAAAUUGAAGACAUGUGAAAUGUGACAAGUGAACAAAUCGAAGUAUAUCGAUUUACUUUGAUAAAGUUAAAUUAUAUUUUUUGAAUACACACACACACAGAGUGAAUUUUUUAAAUUGAGACGAAAAAUUUGAAAAUUAUUUAUCUUUGAAUUGGUGGAUAUUUUCAAGAUUUAAUUUAUUUCAAGGUUUAUUAUAUAGUUAAAUUUAUUAACAGAAAUACUCUACUACAUAUUAAUCAAUAUUUUAUUAAGUGUAUUAACAAGUAUAAUGAAAAUAAGUGCCAUCAUGUUGAAUAUUUAUUGAAAUAAUAUUUGUCUGAAAAGGACUGCCUGUUCUAUCUGCCCUAUGUUUCUUGUCUAAACUUCUUGUAAAAAGUAAAGACUGGAUAAACAGAUAUUGCACAUAAAAGUUAUUUGUCUUUUUAUAUAAAAUAAGAUACUGUUACAAAAAUUAUAGGUUCUCAUUUAAAAAGAAAAGUUUAUCUUGAAAUAAUUUCGAAGACGUCCACCGGGUCAAAAUAACUAAUGCUGUUGUUUGCUCUUCGAAAUCAAACAACUUUUGUUUCAAAUUUUCAUUUCAAAAAUGUGUUAUUUUUGAAAUUUGUAGAUCUCAAUUUUAAAAAAUUCACUCUAUAUAUACUUCACAAAUAUGUUUGAUAUGUUAUAUUUACGUAAGUUAAUUUAUUAACUUCAUUUGAAAAAAAAUAUAUAUAUAUAAUUUAUUAUUUUCAUCUUAAACGUAGAAUACAUUUUUGAGUAAUUCUUAACAGUUAACUUUUGUAUAUAGAAAAUAAAAGACAAUAAAAUUGGGAUAUUUUUCGCAAGAUACAGCGUAUCGGCUGUGUAAGUUUAUCUAAAUCAUUUUUUAUAAAUGGCAAUAUUUUUUGGCGAAAAGAAAGUAACAAGGUAAAAACAAAAAAAAAAUAAAAUUUCUUUCAGUCGAAAAUUUCUAAUCUAUAUACAUACGAUAUAUAUAUAUAGGCCUAAGUUUUCUAAAUAUAUCAUUUAUAAAAAAAUUUGUAUGUGCGAAUUAAAAUACAAUAGAUAUUUCAGCAUCAGCUGACGAUGUAUAGAUAAAAAAAAAAGAUGUAUAACUCUAUAUAAAUUGUGUUUAUAGUUUCACCUCUUACAAUAGUAUGUAUUCUUGUACAUACAAUGUAUCCCUUUAUGUAAGUAGUGAGAAUUACAAGUUCCUGUUGCAACAAAACAUAUCGAGAAGAAUUCAAUAAUAGAAUAAUUAAUAAAAAUAGGAAGAUGAAAGAUGAUAUUUAUGAAGUGAUUGAUCUAUGAAAUGAAUUAAUUAUCAAACAUUUCCAUUUCAAAGAUCAAUUGUUCCUGUUGUGUUAAUAUUUUCAUAUACAAAUUAAUUUACUAUAAAAUUAAUAAUUUUUAAUAAAAUAAUUUUAAACAAAUGAUUAAAAUACGGUUGUAUUGCAGAAUAUAUAAGGCCGAUCAUAGAUUGAAAUUCAUAUAUUGGAUGAAAAGUGAAAUUUGAUAUAGAUUGUAAAUAGAGCGAUUCUGCAAAAAUUAUUUAUUAAAUAUAUAUAUAUAUGUACAUAUAUAUAUGUAUAUUAUUUUAUUAAUUUAUAACGUACAGUAAUGUACGAUAAAUCUUUAUUUAAGAUAUAUGAAUAUUAAAAAUAUUUAUUUAUUCAAGCAAAUGUGUAACAAGGUAGGAACCUGUAUUUUGUAAUAAAUUUUCUUUCGUCUCCCUUC